AUGGCGGUGGCCGAGGCACAGCUGUACGCAAAGGUGUCCAGCAAGCACCGCGGCAGGAGCACCGCUGCCCUCCUGGAGCCUCUCCUGGCCAAAGGAUUCCCGGCUCAUAUCGCGCAAAAAGCCUUGGUUGCUACUGGCCAAAAGACAACAGAAGAUGCAGUAAAGUGGUUGCAUUCCCACUGCAACGACCCCUCCCUGGAUGACCCAAUCCCUCAGGAAUACGCCCUUUACUUGUGCCCCACGGGCCGCCUGCACGGCCGCCUGCAGGACUUCUGGAAGGAGAGCAAGCGCCAGUGCGGGAAGAACAGAGCCCACGAGGUUUUCCCACACGUCACCCUCUGCGACUUCUUCCCGUGUGAAGACCAGAAAGUGGAAUUAUUGUAUGACAUCUUAAAGCGAGUCGGUGACAGCUUUUCCAGGAGGUUUCCACCAUCCAUUUCCCUAACACUACAUGCAUCUGCCAGCUACCUUGGCUUCUUCAUUGAUGACAGCCAAGCAAAUGUCCUCAAAGAGUUUGCUGUGGCAUUCUCAUCAGAAGCUUCAGCCCUUGCAGACUGCCACGUGAAGCCCUCCUUGAAGCAGUUCCACCUUACCUUGGCUCACAGGUUUUAUCCUCACCAUCAGAAGACUUUGGAACAACUGGCCAAAUGCAUUAACCCAGGGGAGCCCUGCCAGUGGGUGGCUGCUCUCUAUUCACGGGACAUGCGUUUUGUGCAUUACCAGAGGCUGAGGGCCCUCUUCCAGUACAAGCCCCAGAACAUUGACGAGCUCAUGAUCAACGCUGGGGACUUGAUCUACGUGGACCCCACGCAGCAGAGCGACGUGAGCGAGGGCUGGGUGAUCGGCACCUCGCACCGCACCGGCUGCAGGGGCUUCCUCCCGGAAAACUACACUGAGAAAGCCCACGAGUCUGACACCUGGGUCAGGCACAGGGAAUAUGUUUUUGACACAGCUUCAAGAUCCUUCACCAAAACUGAAAAGAAACCCAAUGAAAAGCUGAAUGGGGAAGCCCAUAAUCUCAGUACGUCAAGGAGUGUUACCAAUGUUCUUUCUCUUCAGAACGCCGCCCUGCGGAGAGGUGUGCUGGUGAUGCGCCACGGGGAAAGAGUGGAUCAGGUCUUUGGCAAAUCCUGGCUUCAGCAGUGCCUGACUGCAGAUGGGAAAUACUACAGAGCAGAUCUGAACUUCCCCUCCUCCCUGCCGAGACAGAAAGACAGCAUGAAGCAGUGUGAAUGUGAUCCUCCUUUAUCUUGCUGUGGUAUUUUCCAGUCAAGGCUUAUAGGGGAAGCUCUGCUGGACCAGGAGGUGACAGUCAGCUACGUGUACUCGUCCCCCGCCCUGCGCUGCGUGCAGACAGCUCAGCACGUACUGCAGGGGCUUAAAUUAAAUCAAAAAGUCAGAAUCAGGGUGGAACCAGGACUAUUUGGAUGGACCAAGUGGGAAGCAAGCAGAGCAAUCCCCACCUUCAUGACUGUGGCAGAACUGGUGGAGGCAUCUUAUGACAUAGAUACAAGUUACAGGGGUAUCUUCCAACUCUCUUCUCUGGUGCCAUCGGAAAGUUAUGAUGACUAUGUCAGCAGAAGCUCUGCGGUUAUAAAACAGAUCACCGCUGCCUGCCCCAGCAAAGGUAAAGGUGUCAUCCUCAUCGUGGGCCACGGCUCCUCCUUGGCAUCUCUCACCCGAGCGCUCGCAGGGCUCCCCAGCAGAGACAGCGGAGACUUUGCCCAGAUGGUGAGCAAGAUCCCUUCCCUGGGAAUGUGUUUCUGCGAAGAACAGAAAGAGGAGAACAAAUGGCAGAUGGUCAACCCACCAGUGAAGACAUUAACUCACGGAGCAAACACAGCAUUUAACUGGAGAAAUACUAUCCUGGAAGACUAAAAGGUCAUCUCUGCCUUUGCAGUUGUCAAAAAGGAGCCAAAGGCAGGAUUAUGGUUCAUCACAGUCCAGUGAUUCAUCCAGAAGAC